UAUUUUAAUGCAUGAACGCCUUGUCCAUUGACUGCUGUUUUACUCUUGAUUUAUUUCAUUAAUUAAAUUAAAUUAAAUUCAUUUAUUAUUCUAACCAGUAGCAUUAAUAAACUAGCAAUGUUCUGUCUAUUCCAAGCAGGAACAAGUCUUCUCUUUCACACUUUUAUUAUCAUUCAUUCAAUCCAUUUUCCUUUGUCUUUAAUUUGGGGAGAUACAAAAUUAUCAUUAUUAUUAUUGUUAUAGAAUCUUUGGCCUGUCUCAACUGGAAGCAUUUUGUUGAAGAUCCAUUUUUGUUUACUUUCCUCUUAAUUUACAUUCUUGUAAGGCUUUAUCUUGUUUUUUUCUCCUCUCUUCUUGGCAUUUGUUUUUUUAUUGCUCUUGCUUGGUUUGUUUGAUCAUUUUGGGAUUGCUGUGAACAUGAGUAGUUAUUUAUUAUCUUUGUUUUCGCUGAUGUUGGAAGUUCUGAGUCUUUGGAAGGUUUCUAUGUUUGCUUAUUGAUUAUGUUGAUUUUCACUUUUAAACUCCCUUUUCUCCUCACUUUGUGCUGGAAUUUGGGGAUUAGGGUUUCUGUAUCCUUCCUUGUUUAAUUAAUUCAUGCUUAGCUUUUUCAUGAUGAUGAUGAUGGAGGAGGUUGAGAGAGCAAAUAGUGCAGCAGUUGAAAAUUGUCAUGCAGUAAUUAAUAUCUUAUCAAAGCCACAAGAUGAGAGCCAAUUUGAGAAACUAGCAGAGCAAACAGGGGAGGCUGUGCAUAAGUUCAAGAAAGUUGUGUCUCUUCUAAGUCCUACCAAUCAUGGCCAUGCUAGAGUGAGAAAGCACCUGAAAUUUCAAAUCCCUUGGCCCCAAAAUACGUUCUUGGAAAAUCCCAUCUUCACCACAGAUGAAACUACACCUAAACAGCUUCUCCAAAUCCAUGACCAAGAAACUGAUCCAAAUGCCAAGAAUGCCCCCCCAGUAGCAAACACUGCUUUGGAAUUGUGUCACCAUGGCAAAACUCUGCAACUACCCCAACAAACUCCAUUGCCAAACCAUCACUUUCUCCAACAACAACAAUUGAGGCAUCAUCGGGCCGAUCUUAUGUUUUGCCUUAGUAAUAAAGGAGGCCUUAACCUGAAUUUUGACAGCUCAACCUGCACUCCAACCAUGUCAUCUGCCAGAUCAUUCAUAUCUUCCCUGAGUAUGGAUGGGAGUGUUGCUAAUUUGUCAAGGGACAGUUACUGUUUAAUUGGGGCUGCUCGAUCAGCUGAUCAGAGUUCAUAUCAGUACAAGAGGAAGUGCUCUGGAAAGGAUGGAAAUGGUAAAUGUGGAGGCAGAUGCCAUUGCUCUAAGAAGAGGAAACAUAGGAUCAAAAGGUGUAUCAAAGUUCCUGCAAUAAGCAACAAGAUAUCCGAUAUUCCACCGGACGAAUUCUCUUGGAGGAAAUACGGACAGAAACCGAUCAAAGGUUCGCCAUAUCCGAGGGGAUACUACAAAUGCAGCAGCAUGAGGGGUUGCCCUGCAAGGAAACAUGUGGAGCGAUGCUUCGACGAACCUUCGAUGCUCUUUGUCACUUAUGAGGGCGAACAUAACCAUAGCCAUAACCAGCAAAUGAUAAGGAUGCCUUCUUCUUCUCAGUCCCACCCCUCCUUGUCUAAAUCCAAAUCCAACCAUUAACAACAAUUUAUUCUAUGCUUUUCUGGUAUAAUAUAUAUAAAUAUAGAUAUAGAUAUA